AUGGCAUCCGCAGAGGCUUUCAAAGAGCUCCCCAGGGACAUUGCUGCAGUCGAUGUCAAGGGCAUGACCUAUGUUUUCUUUGUCAACUCGAAUCACCAGCUCUGCUACCUUCUCUCUCCUGGACCGGAAACCAACGACUAUGAACCUAAGCUCGUCACGCUCACAGACGGAGAUCUGAAGGUCAAGUGCGGCAGCAGACAAAUCGCCGCCGCAGCUUGGCUGGGAGGAAAUGGCCAAGAGAUCCGCAUCUACUGCAUUGCUCCUGAAAAGGGACAAUGUGAGAACAAGGGGUAUAUCCAAGAGGUUUCUUACAGCGCUAGCACUGGAUGGGAGCAUGGCCUUCUCGGCUACAAGGAGGAGGAUAGGCCGUAUGUUGACAAGGAUGCCUCACUAACGGCAUCCGUUCACGCUUGGCCUGACAAGACGGAUAUCAAGGUUUUCGCCUCUGGAAAAGGCGAGAAUGGACGACCUAAGAUCACUAUGCAUCAGUACAGCUAUGGCCAUAAGAAGUGGCUGGGCAAGGUUAUCAGUAACAAGGUCUCGGAUUGGUAG